AUGGCUCUGGAACCGGAAAAUGAUCCCAUUAUCAUGUAUAGUGGGCACAACCACAGGCCAGGACAUGAUGUGGAGAUUGGGAAUUUUUUGGAUACUCUAAGAAGUAGAGCGGCUGCUGAGAGUACUCCACCAAGGAUAAUAUAUGAAGAGGAAUCUAGAAGAUUUCCAAAUGCAGCAACAGAAAUGUCUGUAGAUGUUGCUUUGAGAAUGAUGUGGAAUAUCCGGCAGAGAUUCAAUCCACCUGUACCAGCUUCUUUGGCAGCCAUGGGUGAAACAAUUGCUUGA